UUCAUUUCCUCAAAGCCCUAACCUUCAAAGAGAAACGCUUUGUCUUCGUUGUUCACUAACAUGAGUUGGAGGAGAAUAAGGAAAGCAAUCUCUACUCCCAUUUCGCCCAUUUUUGCGGCGGAGGCAGGUACGGUUUCUUCUGAGCCCUCACUGCGUGCUUUCCAUUCUCGCCCACAAACGGUUUCUUCGAAUCAAUCCAAAUUCGAAAAAAGCUCUAAUGAUUUAGACGAUGCCCUAAAGUUAUUCCGUCAAAUGGCUCAUAAGAGGCCCUUGCCUUCUGUUAUUCAGUUCAACAAACUGCUUAGUAGAAUUCUGAAAUUGAAGCAUUAUUCCGUAGUUGUUUCCCUCUUUCAAGAAAUGCGCAUUAAGGGCAUCCCAAUCAGUGUGUAUACCAUUAACAUUCUGGUGGAUGUGUACUGCCGCUCAAGUCGAGUGGAUUGCGGGUUUUGUCUACUUGGUGUGGUCUUCAAGUGUGGAUUUGAGUUUGAUGUGGUCACAUUCACCACUCUGAUCAAGGGUCUCAUUCUGGAUAAUAAGAUUGUUGAGGCCGUAGGGCUAUUCAAGAAGUUGGUGAGGGAAUAUGUGUGCAAAGUUGAUCAAAUUACUUAUGGUGUUCUUAUAAAUGGGCUUUGCAAGGCAGGUCAUACACAAAAUGCUCUUGAUUUACUUAUAGUAAUGCAAGAGGAGGGACCUAAGCCUGAUACUAUAGCCUAUAGCACUGUAAUUGAUUCUCUAUGCAAAGACAGAAUGGUUGAUCAGGCUCUUGGCCUUCUCUCUGAGAUGAUUGAAAGAGGAGUUCCCCCGGACAUCUUCACAUACACUUCACUAAUUCAAGGCCUUUGCAAUUUUAACCGAUGGAAAGAGGUUACGAAGUUAAUGAAUGAUAUGGUCCUACAUAAUGUAUAUCCAGGUGUCUAUAUUUUCAAUAUAUUAGUGGAUGCCCUCUGUAAGGUGGGGAAGUUGGAAAGUGCUGAAACUAUUAUUCAGAUCAUGAUUCAAAGGAAGAUUUAUCCUGAUGUCGUCACGUACAACACUCUCAUUGAGGGGUACUGUUUGCAAGAACUGAUGGAUGAAGCGAGAAAAGUUUUUGGUCGGAUGGUAGAAAGUGGCAUUCAACCUGAUGUUAGGGCAUAUAACACAUUAAUUAAUGGAUACUGUAAAAUAAAAGAAAUGGAUGAAGCGAGGAAAGUUUUUGGUCGGAUGGUAGAAAGUGGCCUUCAACCUGAUGUUAUGAUCUAUAACAUUUUAAUUAAUGGAUACUGUAAAAUAAAAGAAAUAGAUGAAGCCAUGCAUCUGUUUUGUGAAAUUCCUCAAAAAGGGUUUCAUCCUAAUGUUGUUACGUAUAACACAAUGUUGCAGGGGUUCUUUCUGGUGGGUAGAUGUUCUGCUGCACUUGACCUUUUUCAGGAGAUGCUGGAUGCUGGACAUAAACCAGAUUUUUACACAUCAUGUGCCUUACUUAGUGGUUUGGGUGAUAAUGGACUUGUUGAACAGGCAAUGUCAGUCUAUCAUCAGUUAGAUAGAAACGGAAAUGGUUCUCAUGUUUAUGAUACUAUCAUAAUUGAUAAGGUCUGCAAGAUGGGACAGCUUAAUAUUGGACGCAAUGUAUUCAAUGACCUCAUCUCUAAAGGGCGACGCCUAGAUGUGAAUACAUACAAUGUAAUGAUAAAUGGGCUCUGUCGAGGAGGAUUUUUGGAUGAAGCCUUAGAGUUGUUAAGGAAAAUGGAGAAGAAUGAUUGCUUACCAAAUACUGUGACUUAUAAUGUUAUUUUGCAAGAAUUUGUUAGAGAGAAAAAAUGCCACGAGGCAAAUCUACUUUUGGAUGAAAUGGUUGGUAAGGGUAUUUCUCCAAAUCAUUGCACAUUUUUCUUCAUAAACGACUUACUUGCACUUAAAACUGGAGAUGAGACUGUACUAAAGGUGAUACAGAAAUUUGCUGCAAAUCAUGUAAAGUAACUACAUAUUUGGAAUCUUUUAGCUUCUCUGCUUGUUCAUGCAUUGCUACUUUUGGAGGAACGUUUUCAGGGAUUUCAUUAGCACCUACUAGGGUGGACAUCCAACUGACUGUACCAUGAAGUUUGGGUCUCAGCAUCUAUGCUUUUAACAGCAUAAUAGUUCUUGUCAGAGGGAGGUAAAAAUUCGGAAGCACCAUGAAGCAAAAUAAAAAAUAAAAAAAAUUAAUUACAUGAGAAGGAAGAGGUGCUCUGCAGAUAAGGAGCUUUGGUGCAUCUUUGCUGAUUUGAUAUAGGGAGCUCUGCUAUGGAAAAAUUCAGAAGUGUCUCAUAGACUGGCUAAAUGUUGAGGGACAUAAUGUUUCUUGGAGCUCCAAUGGGGUUUUUUGGACACACAUGUUACGGAGUAUUAUAUUUGUGGAGCUAAGUCACCGUGAUUGAUGGACCGGGUAACAAGUCUGAAGAAUUGCCAGAGCAGAUGUUAUGUUGUGUGAGACAAUGGAAUUGAUUAUGUAAAUUAUCAGUAGCUAUGUGGUCUAUUAGUCAACUCUCAAUCCCAAUUUCCUUAGGCUUCAUGAUUCCACCAGUGAGAUAUUCGUCUUUCUCUCUGCAAGAGAGAUUUGGUGAGGGAUGACAGAGAAGAACUAGGGUAGUCAGGUUCUCAAACUAUGUGAAAAAUUCUGAAUAGUUCUUAUUCUCUCUAACUGUAAAAUACAAGCGCUAAUUU